AUUUCGCAAUCCUCUCCUCUCCAUGUUCCAAACAAAAACACUCCGAGCUUCACACACGGAAUUAAACUCACUCUUUCUCCGGAAACUUUUCCUACUUUGACGGAUGGUUGAGUCCUCCGCCGGCCCGGGAAGGCUCCGUUGAGGCAAAGAAUCUUCUGCUUCCUGUCACCGAUUCAUUGGUACACCUGAGGAGACUCAGAGAUCAGCACCUGAAGGCAGCACAUCCAAAUGAGCCGGCCGUCGCAGGCAAAACUAACCACAUCUGACCACAACGGCGUGAGCGUCAUCCAGAGUCAGGCCCACGCCACCGCUUCCUCCUCGGCAGUAGCCCGAGCGCAGCAGGUCCCCCAGCUCGUCCCAGCAGGCCCUUCAGCCGGAGGCGGUAAGGCCCUCCCCCCCAGCAAGAUGAAGAAACCCCCCGCAGACAAGGACAGCGACGAGUACCGCCAGCGCCGCGAGCGCAACAACCUGGCGGUGAAGAAGAGCCGCAUGCGCAGCAAGCAGAAAGCGAUGGACACGCAGCAGCGCGUCAACGAGCUGAAGGAGGAGAACGAGCGGCUGGAGGCCAAAAUCAAACUGCUGAGCAAAGAGCUGAGCGUGCUCAAAGACCUCUUCCUGGAGCAUGCUCACAACCUGGCUGACAACGUCCAGCCGCCCGCUGGCGCAGAGGGCUCCAGCCCCGCCCCCAACAACACCCCCACCAACGGGCAGUGAGGGGGGCGGAGCCACAGGGACGUUUGAUUACAGGAGCGUUUGCCCGCUACAGCUUUUCUGGAGACUUCUGUCACUUUGGAAACGUGGCCUCACUUCUUCUUCUUCUACUUCCUGCUUUUCUUUUCUUUUUUCUUUCAUAUUUAAUCUGUUCUUCAACCCUGCGCCCGUCAGAAUGUUUCCCACAAUCCUCCUGGAAGAGUUUAAAGGUUUAGAUUUUUAUUUCCCAGCAUCACAGAAGUUUUUUAGUUCUGUCAAUAGAAUUUUUUGGCUUCAGUCAAAUUUGGACCAAAAAGAUUUAAAGUGAAAAUCGUCCCAGUUUUUAACAUCAGGUGGAAAUGUAAAAGUCAGACUGUGACUUUGGGAAAGUCUCUGAACAACUCUGGCAUCAUAUGAGAGGCCAAAGGGACGCAACAGUCACAUGUUAUUGAUCGAUUGAUUGAUUGAUUGAUUGAUUGAUUGAUGGGUGGAAUGUGCAGAGACGUGAGCUCCUACGAACUGAGACGUCGUCCAAUCAGGAUUCACUCUGAGACAGAGACUGGACGUCAGUAGGAACCUAACACACACUUCCUGUCGGCUCCUUUAAAUGCGGCGGCUGGAUGUUUGACUCACUCUCCGGCACCGCCGCCGCAGGACGAAGAUGUAAAUUGUUGAAUUCCCUUUUUUAGGAUGUGUAUUUUCUUCUUUUUGAGAAAUGUCUACUUAACAGAGUCGUCUGAGAGUUUUUAAGGUUUGUUCACUACAUGUCGAUGUUUUCAAGACGUUUCUGGUUCUUCCAGCUCCGAUCUGUCAGUUUCAGCCUGGAUUGUUUCAACAGUCUGUAUUUAUAGAGCUUCACUCUGCCGAGUGUCUGAUUGUUUACUAAACUAAUGAGAAACAGAAGUGUCCCUCAGCAGGAGGUUUUGUUCACAGUUUGUGUCAGUGGAGUGUUUCCUGCAGGGAGCAAACAACCUGGGUCGCCCUGUCAUGUUGUGGCUGAUGGAUGUGCAGGUGAACUCACCUGUCAGUAACAGCAGAGCUCAGGAGUCCGCUGAGGUCGAGGAAAUACGAGUUUAUAAAACACACAGCUCUGUAGUUUCUGUUAGUGAUGGAGUCUGGUGAUCUUUAAUCACACUCACGCCCUGGCUUGGUUUAGUUUCACUCAGCGUCUCCAUGACAACAAGUCUACCUGCUCCAAGGUGUGUCGUUAACUGAUGGGGUUUAUGUUGUUACCGGCUUCUUCUUCUCUUACACAUUUAAUGCUAUUGGACUUCCGGGUCAAAGCCCGGGGCGGAAACUGUGGAGCAUGCUCAGAGCGCCUCGGCCAGUUUGGGUCUGAUUGACUGUAUACAUGCAGGAGUCACAUGAUCUGGGUGUGUUAGUCCCACUGUGACACAUUCACUGCAGGACCAUUUCACUCACACUGACAUGUUUACAGGGAUUUAUAUAAAUCCACUUCCUCUGUCGUCAUGGAAACAGACUGAGUGUGACCUCUGAUGAACCAGGUGUGUCAGGUGAAGUCAGGCUGCAGGUGUGACUGAUGCUCUGUCAACAUGUCACACAGGUGGAGUUUUGGCAGAGACGCAGCAGCUCUGUUUUGAUCCUGGUGUCGUGGUCCAGAUCAACUGGUUCUCUCAGUUGUGUCUGUUUGCAAAGCUCGUGUGUGUCCUCACCUCACAGCGUGACUCUGAGGUCAAAGCAGUGCCGCAACGAUCAGUUAUUACUGAUCAAUCAAUCAGUUAUAAUGAUGAAUGUUUUAGCCUUUUAAUGAAGAAAAAACAACAUGUCUGAACCCUCUGCAGUGAUUCCUCACACUGAUUAUUGGUCUGAACUCUCAGAUUUAAGCAUCAGAUUAGCUGCUGAUAAAUUCUCUUCUGAUCAACUGAUCAAUUAAUUUGUUGUUUCAGCUCCAGUUGGCUUCGUGUUGUUUGAUUGAAUUUUUAUUCAAACUUUUAAACAGCUCUGAAGAAAACAAUUCAUUAUAAAAGUGUCAAAAAUAACCCAUUUAAACUGCAGAAGUGAGUAUUGAUCAGGUAUUGAUCACCUUUCUGUCCUGUGAUUAAUGACAUCAGCUGUUUCUGGUCAGACUGGACACAGUGACACGGUCAGACCCAGGUUGUGUUCAAAUGAUUUUAACUGUGGAGAUGUGGCCCUCCACCCCUCACCUCCACCUGGCGGUGCGCCCAGACAGCUGUGUGUGUGUUUGUGUGUGUGUGUUGCUGGGUGGAUCCAGACGCCUCACAUGUAUCAGACACGUCAGGGGAGCCGCAGCUUUAAUUAAAUCCAGUUUGAAACGAGGCUGGGUCGUUCCUGAGGUCUGAGCAGAUCUGGACAGGUCCCCCUGCCCACGCCACCGCCGCCGCGGCUGCCCCUACCCCGCCAAUACACCACAGAGAGGGGCGGGGCUGCGGCGUGUUGCUGUCACACUUUAUAAUUACAUGAGCUUUGUGUGGGUGUGGAGUGUUUUACCACAGGGUUUGUCUGUCAGGAGCUUCACCUCCCUGCAGGAAUGUUGUCUGUCAGAGUCCUGCUGCACCUGAGCUGCUCAGCCCAACGUUCCCACAGCGUUCCACAAAUGUUCCACCAACGUUGUCAUCAUUUGCCCCUAUUUUAAAAGUCUCUUAAAAUGAUGUGUGAAGUCGGGCUGUGAUACAUCAACAUGAAAUCAUUUUUACAGUUAGAUGUACUCUUACAGCCUGAACUGUAAAUUCAUGUUUCACAGUUUCUGUCAUUUAUCUCUCAAUGUUCCUGAAAUCCAGGAUUUCUGUUUGACUGUUUUCACAGAGACAAAUGUUGAUAGGAUUUUGCUUUGUGUCGAUGUUCUGUCAUGUUUGUGUUAAAUAUGAAUUUAAACAUUAGUCUGUCUGACAGGUGUGUCUUCAUCAGGCUGAUGUUCAUAUUUCAAACAUCAGAUAAAUGUUAAACCAGCUGAUAUAUGAACUUAACGUGAGGUAACGUUGUGGGAACGUUCUCUGCUGGCUGGCUGAGCCGCCGCGCAGCACAGCCUUCAUCUUUUUCACUUUUCUAUCGUUGGUUUUUCUACACAUUUAUUUGCGACCGCAGCAUGUUUGUAGAGAGUAAAGUCUUUGCAUGAGUUAUUACUGCACUCAGAGUGAGUCAAUAAGGAAACAGAUAAAAUAAGGUGGUGUGUCGGGAUGUUUGUUCUGCUUUGGUCUGAAUGUUGCUGGGCAGCAUUUCUGUCGUCACUCAGCUUUUUUAUAUCAGAGGAAUCUGGGCUAACGUGCAUUGUAAAUUAAAAUUGAGUAUAAAAGUUCA